CCGUUCAACUCCCCAACCUUCGGUCGUCAAAUGACCAUCGAAGUCCCCGAACCCGUGGGCUCCCUCUCCAUCUCCCCCUCCGGUCGCGAUGUCGUUCUCGCCUCCCGCAAAGGCCUCCUCAUCAUCGACCUCGACAACCCUUACGACCCACCCCGCUACCUCCACCACCUAACAACCUGGGAAGUCGCCGACGUGCAGUGGAACCCCCAUGCCGCACGCGACUAUUGGGUCGUGAGCACGAGUAACCAGAAAGCUAUGGUAUGGAACUUGGCGAUGCCGAGUCGGAGGGCGAUUGAGCAUGUGUUGCAUGGGCAUACGAGGGCGAUUACGGAUAUUAAUUUUAGUGCGCAUCAUCCGGACAUCUUGGCGACUUGUGCGAUUGAUUCGUAUGUCCAUUGUUGGGAUAUGAGGGAUGCGAGGAGGCCUGUUAAUUCGUUUAGUGAUUGGAGAGCGGGGGCUACGCAGGUCAAGUGGUCGAGACAGAAUGAUCAUAUUCUUGCGUCGAGUCAUGACCGGUUCUUGCAUGUUUGGGAUGAUCGGAAGGGUGCGACGCCGUUACGCACGAUCGAGGCGCACGAUGCGAAGAUUUAUGGAAUUGAUUUCAAUCGGGUGAAGGAGAGUAAGAUCAUCACCUGUUCCCUCGACAAGACCGUCAAGUUCUGGGACUUCAAUGAUCCGUCGAAUGAGCCGGAGAAGGUGAUGAGGACGGAUACGCCUAUCUGGAGAGCGCGACAUACGCCGUUUGGCUGGGGAUUGGGGCUCAUGCCGCAACGUGGGGAUAAUAAUCUCUAUUUGUAUGAUCGGGAGUUCGAGAAGGAUGAGCCGGUGAGGAUGGUGCAUACAUUUGAGGGGCAUAACGACCAGGUGAAGGAGUUCUUGUGGAGGGCUAGAGGCGCGGAGAAUCCCAAUGUAGAUGAUAGGGAUUUUCAACUCGUUACGUGGUCGAAGGAUCAGACUCUGCGGUUGUGGCCUGUUAGUGAUGAGGUGCUGAAGUCUGUGGGGCAUACGAAGGACAAGCCGAUCCGGUUUCAUUUGACGAGAUAUGGUUCGAAGUACCGAACGUUCUCCAAGGAACCUGAGGUUGCCAACAAAGAGGGACCGGCAGUCUUUGCACCGACCUUCGCGCCAGCCUUCUCGAACGUCCGUGGCUCAACAGGCCGCUCGCAAACUGCAUUCUACAAGCAACGAAGUCAGUUGGGCCAAGGCGGUGGUGGAUUCAUGACAACACAUAAGGGUGGACAGGGGAAGAAGGAAGUUACUCCCUUGAUGUGGAUGAGAGGUGUGAGAAUGGGCAAGAGUACCGCAUCAGGACCCGGUCCCUUCGGCUGGGACGGCCCGGAGAACCUAGGCGAGGAACUGAGUGGUAUCGGACAGAAAUUUCCAAAAGUGAAUUUCGAGAAGAUCAACGUCGCUGGACGUGUCGCGACGAUCGCGUUACACGUGGGUGCCCCGCCGAACCCUACGUUUAUGCGGAUGAACGUACAGUUCCCGGAGGAGUAUCCAGUUACUGCAUCCCCCACCUUCGAAUUCGAGAGGAAUGCGGCGAUUCACGGGGAGAAGUUGGAUGAGAUGUUACAAGCGCUCAACAAGAUUGCUACGAUUCAUGUCGAGCGUGGACGGCCGUGUGUGGAGGCUGUUAUUCGCUAUUUACUCGGUGAAGUCCAGGACGAGGAAGAUUGGAAAUUCGAUGCCGAUGAGUCUGAUUCGGAUGAUGAGGUCACGUUCGCUGGGCAGGAAGAUGAGAGGCAGAAGAUGCAUAUCCAGCAAUCGCAGAAUGUGCCCCUACCCAAAAAGUGCGCCGCAAUAUUCACUGGGAAUGGGAAAUUGGUUUGUUUCUUCCCGAACAAACAGGAGUCUAAGAUUACGCUCCUCAGUACUUUGACAGGCGAGGGCUCGAAAACGGAGGAGAAGGGUCAUCAGCGGUAUUUCGAGACGUUUGGGAGGUUGAGUACGGGUCCGGUGGUUGGGACGACCACGAGGCAUGCGAGUCUUGCUAGUGAGGGGAGUGCUGGGUCGGGUGAUGAUUCAGAUGCCGAGUCAAGCUCUACGGGGACUGAUGAUAGUUUGUUGAUUAGGCCGGUCAUGCCAUCGUGGAAGAUCGACACGAGUCUUGAGAGACUGUCGCAGAGGAGAUUGGGAACAAGUUUGAUUUCGGGUGAUUCAGCACAUCGGUCUGCUACCAUCAAGACUGGUAACAGGAAGAAUGUCGUCUCUAUCCACGACUUCUCGCAUAUCAUGCCGGUAAAUGAGAAGCUGGCGCAAGGGUAUGUCAUGACUGGACCACGGUUGUGUCAACAUAAUGCGAGGAUUGCACGCACGCAGGGACGGAAAGAUUUGGAAGAGGUGUGGUUGUUAGCUGAGAUGUUGUUGAAUAGUGGAGAUGCAGAGCCGAAGCAGCACAUUGAUCUGUAUGGUCGCGUCAGGUGGGGUAACCACCCUAUGGGACGUUCUUUGGUCGACGAGAUAUUCAGUCACUUCGAGAAGCUUGGAGAUAUCCAGACACUCGCCAUGCUCUCCUGUGUCUUCAAGGAGCCAAAACGGAAACGGCCGCCGCCGAUACAGCUACUUCGACGGAACCCACCGCGGUCCUCGACUCAACCCGCGACUCCGGCGAUCAAUCUUGAGUAUUUUCCAUCAGUGGAUUACUUUUCGGUCUCACAUCAUCACCCGUAUCCGCCGGAGGAGUCACCUCAUCCGUUGGGUACUACGACUACGACGAGUCCGUUAGCGGUGUAUGGAUCUUAUGAGUCGAGUCGUGGGUCUUCAUUCACUGGACCGACUGAUGCGUUCCCGAAGCUAUUUCGGGACAAACCAGUGCGACUCUGGAGAGAAGAGUAUGCCGAAUUCCUCUACCAAUGGGGGCUCCUCGAGGCAAGACUCGAACUCCUCAAGUUCAACCGCCAUGGAACGGUAGCAGUAUGUUGUACGAUGUGUGGAGCAGGUCUGGGACCGGAUGAAAUCAGGUGUCAUGUUUGUCAGCAUAUCCGGAGUCAGCCGAAAUGUGCGCUAUGUGAGAUUCCGGUGAACGGGCUUGGUGUGUUUUGUUUGGAGUGUAGCCAUGGCGGGCAUGCGACGUGUAUGCGAUCGUGGUUUGCGGAUGGUGGGGAGGAGAGGUGUGCGAUGGGAAUGGGGUGCGAGUGUAAGUGUCAG